AUGCAGACUGCUUCUACAAACAUUUGUGAAAGAACGGAUCACUCUCAGGAACUCAGUGAUUUCAAGUGUGGUACCGUGAUAGGUUGCCACCUGUGCAAUAAGUCCAUCCAUGAAAUUUCCUUGUUACUAAAUAUUCCACGGUCAACUGUUAGUGGUAUUAUAACAAAGUGGAAGCAAAUGGGAACAACAGCAACUCAGCCACAAAGUGAGAAAAGCAAGCAUAUGCUGAAACGCACAUUUUGCAAAAGUUGCCAACUGUCUGCAGAGCCAAUAGCUAAAGACCUCCAAACUUUAUGUGGCCUUCAGAUUAGCAUAACAUCAAUGCACAGAGAGCUUCAUGGAAUGGGUUUCCAUGGC